AUGAGUAUCAUACUUCUGCAGUGUCUCGCACUUGGUGGUAUCGUUGUCUAUGCGACUCUAAUCCUUGUCCGACCAUUUGUAUCACCGCUCCGCUCAAUCCCAGGGCCCUUCGUGACCCGCUUCACCGAUCUGUGGUAUCUGGCCAAGAUACGUCGUGGUGACUUUGAGUUGACCAACAAAAGAUUGCAUGACCAAUAUGGUCCCAUCGUCCGCUACGGUCCCAAUCGAUUCAGUUUCGCCACUCUCGACGCAGGAAAAAUCAUCUAUGGACAUGCGUCACCCUUCCCCAAGUCUUCAUGGUAUAGCGCCUGGAAGUCUCCAGGGGCAUGGACAUUGUUCGCCGACCAGAACGAAAAGAGACAUGCGGCAAACCGCAGGCUACUUCAGCACACAUACAGCUUGUCCUCACUUGUGACCUAUGAGCCAUAUGUGGACGAGUGUGCAGAUCUCGUCAGCCAGAGGCUGGUCGAAAUGGCGCAUGGUGGUAUUAACUUUGACCUGCGCCACUGGUUGCAGUGCUACGCUUUCGACGUUAUUGGAUCAAUCACCUAUUCUAAGCGUCUGGGAUUUCUCGACAGAGGCCUAGAUGUCGAAGGUGUCAUGAAGGCCAUCAGCAACAUGGCGGCAUAUGCUUCCCUUGCAGGCAUAUACUCGUUCGUUCACCCGUAUAUAUUUCCCAUGAUGAACUACAUGGCUGGAUCCAAAGGAAUGGGCAGAACGUAUGUGCAGAGCUUUACCAAAGGCUGUAUCGAGGAACACCAAAGCAAUCCAAAAGCCUUUGAUUCAGAUGCAGCAGAUGAUGGAUCGGGCAAAGCGACCGACUUUCUCACCAAGUUCUACGCCCAGCACACACGCAUUCCAGACACCUUUACAACGACACACAUCAUGGUUGCUUGCGUUCAGAAUAUGGCCGCUGGCUCAGAUACAGUUGGCAACUCUCUAUCUGCCAUCAUUUACUACUUGCUCAAGAGCCCACCAUGUUUGCAACGACUCCGAGAGGAGCUUGAUCGAUAUCAAAUUGUCGAGAAGAAAGUGAAGUUUAAAGACACCCAAAGCAUGGUCUACCUCCAAGCCGUCAUCAAAGAAGCAUUGCGCCUGCACCCUGCAGCAGCUUUGCCCCUGGAAAGAGUUGUUCCCGAAGGCGGCGCGACAAUCAGCGGUAGAUUCUUUCCAGAAGGAACGAUUGUCGCAAUCAACCCUUGGGUUGAGCAUCGCAACACUGCACUUUUUGGCAAUGACGCCGACGAGUUUCGUCCAGAGAGGUGGCUCACUGACGACGUUGACAAGUUGGCCAUUAUGAAUAGACAUUCGAUGCCUUUUGGAUCUGGAUCUCGAACUUGCAUUGGGCGUCAUAUUGCAAUGCUAGAGAUAUGCAAAUUGGUUCCGCGACUGAUGCGCGAUUUUGAUUUUGAACUGGUUGGGAAAUUGGCACGACCUCAGUCGUCCUGGGUGACAACCAAUCACCUCUUGCUCAAACCAAAAGACUUCUUGGUCAAUGUGAAGCUGAGGCAAACAUGA